AUUUGACCUAAUACACUGUUCAAUAAACGGCCACACUGCUGUUAUUAUCCUAAUUGCUUACUUAGAAAUUUAAAAGUGUAGGGAAACUUUAUGUACUUAUAUUUAUAUUCAUACUACUUCAAACUCCAAUUACGUUCCUUACCUCGAAAACAUGAAGCGAGGUGCAGUGGUGAAGGAAUCAAAUUUAAAAACAUUGCCCCCUGAGACGGUAAAAAAUGAGAUCUCCAAUCCCAGUACCGAGGAGAAAAUAAAGAUCUUGAAUGAUAAAAUGGAUAUGGUUCUUUAUAACCAAAGGAAAAUGCUGUUGGUUCUGCGUCAACUGACGACGGCUCAGCCAACCGAUUCUCCAGGACCCGAAAUAUUUUCCGUCAGUGGCAUACGGCACAUAAUGAAUCCUGAAUUGGGAGUAUGGUCACCUCAAGAAUUUCCACUUACGGAACUGGGACAAAUAGAGACGAUGGAGGAGGAAAUGAAUGAUCCAAUCAAAUUAUCGUUUUAUAUCCAAACCAUGCGAAACAUUUUAAAACCCGGCGGGUCACCACGUCCUGGAGGCCUCAAAAAACAAUUUCAUCUUAUACUCGCCAUAGACUUUUUGGUUGAUUUCAAUUUUGAUGGCAUCCACAAUAAAAUACCUCUGAAGAAGUUUGGAAAUUUCAACAACGCUUUGUUUGCAGUUCAAAAGCAGGAAGGUUAUUUUAGAGAUGACUACGUCGCUGAAAUCAGACUGGCGUUCCGGGUUUACAAAAAUCGCAGACAUAAAAGUGUUUCAGAUGCGCGGAAAAGAAUAAAAGAAGCCAAGGCCCAUAUUAAGCCCGAUGUAAAAUUUGAAGAGUUUUUGUAUCCAGAUUCCAAUUAGAUUAUUUUUGUGUAUUGAGUAUUUUUACAAAAGAAUUUAUAGUUAA